UCUCCCCCCCCCCCCUUUCGCUCCAACUCCAUUACUGUCUUCUUCUUCUUCUUCUUCUUCAUCUCUAAUUCCAUCUUCUUCACCAACAUUCACUCACUUCCACUUCACUCUUUCCAUCCCCAAUUCCUUUCCAUUAAUGGGUUCUCGAAUUCCAUCUCACCAGCUCAGUAGCGGUCUCUAUGUCUCCGGCCGCCCCGAGCAGCUCAAGGAGCGUCCCCCUACAAUGGGCUCACGCGCCGUCCCUUACACCGGUGGAGACAUUAAGAAAUCCGGCGAGCUUGGUAAAAUGUUUGACCUCCAUCUCGUUGAUUCCCCAACUUCUGCUCCUCCUCCUUCUAAAUCCUCUCGCCCUUCCUCUUCUUCUCAGCACAACAGUGGAUCGGUGCGAUCCGGCCCUAAUUCCGGUCCUGUUACUAAACACUCUAAUUCCGGUCCAAUCUCCAAGAAAUCUUCCGGCCCGAUUUCCCUCCAGCCUACUGGCCUCAUAACCUCCGGCCCUAUGAUGGGAUCCGGUUCUCUUGGAUCCUCCGGUAGCGUCGGUGGAGGACGGCGCUCCGGUCCUCUGGAACAGACGGCGUCCUCUGGGAAAACCAUGUAUGGGUCUGCAGUUACGAGCUUAAGUGAGGAUGUGAAAAUAGGGUUCAAGGUUUCGAAGGCGGUGGUUUGGGCUUUUCUUGUGAUUUUAGUCACUGGUUUGUUGGUAGGUGGGUUUCUGAUGGUGGCGGUGAAGAAGCCGAUUAUUCUGGUGGCGGCGGCGGGGCUUUUGGUGCCGGCGGUGGUGGUUGUUCUGUGGAAUAUAGCUUGGGGAAAAAAGGGAUUGAUAGGGUUUGUGGGAAGGUAUCCGGACGCUGAGCUCAGAGGUGCUAUUGAUGGACAGUACGUGAAGGUCACCGGGGUCGUAACUUGCGGUAGUAUUCCUCUAGAGUCGUCCUACCAGAAAGUAGGUAGGUGCGUUUACGUGUCUACAGAACUAUAUGAAUAUAAAGGAUGGGGUGGAAAGCCUGCAAAUCCUAAACACCGCUGCUUUUCAUGGGGAUCGAGAUAUUCUGAGAGAUAUGUAGCUGACUUUUACAUAUCAGACUUCCAAUCUGGAUUAAGAGCAUUGGUGAAAGCAGGCUAUGGAGCUAAGGUUGCUCCAUUUGUCAAACCCUCUACUGUUGUCGAUGUGACGAAAGAAAACCGAGACUUGUCUCCAACUUUUCUACGCUGGCUAGCUGAUCGCAAACUGUCAAGUGACGAUCGCGUAAUGCGCCUUAAAGAAGGGUAUAUCAAGGAAGGAAGCACAGUGAGUGUCAUGGGGGUUGUUCGACGACAGGAUAACAUACUCAUGGUAGUUCCAUCGACAGAGCCUGUGUCAACAGGAUGUCAAUGGGCUCGGUGCCUCCUUCCAACCUAUGUUGAAGGCUUAAUAGUAACAUGUGACGAUAAUCAAAAUGCAGAUGUGGUUCCCGUGUAGAUAUAUCCCAUAGUUUCAUGCCAAAGUUCUCUGAGUAAACACCAUCCCAAGGAUGUGAGAAUGAAUUCCACGAAUUACAUAUGCCACUUUUAUUUUCCAAGUUAAGUCUAUGCAAAAAAAAAAAAAAAGAAUUGUAUGUAAGGUUGGCCUAGAAGCUGCAAAUCAAAAGAAUGCAGAAAGACCAGAUAAUAAACAAGUAUUAUCUGUUGUCUAUGGAGUUGUUGUGCAUCAUCAAGUCUCCAAGAUACCAAUUGAGUCUAUGAAGCCAGAAAACUCUAUUCCUUAGCAUAAUCUUCAUGUAUUUUAUUUUUGACUGAUUAUAUUAUGUACAUAAAACCCAGUUCCUAAGGGAAAAUCCCACGUGAGUCUGUAUUUUUAAGCUUUAUUUUAGCUGAAAUGCCUUGAUAUAUUAUUGAUCUUAAAUCAAUCGCAAACUUUCUUAAAUGCGAAUGUA